CAUUCGCGACGUUUUCCGUAAAGCAAUCCGCACUUCCCCGCGGUACCGCUCAUCCGGCACCCGCCGCGGUGCGCGGCUCGUGCAUUGUUACCCUUACCCUUAGUGCCAGUGAGUUGACUUCCAAUUAUUCCUACACAAACUAACAUCCGCGUGACCGCCAUCCGCCGCGGUUAGCGGCUCGUGCGUUGUUGCCCUAAUGGUGAAAGUGAUGACAUCUAAGUAGCUGGAGAUGAAGCCGAAAGUUGUCAGCUGUCACUGACAUGUGAGGUUCUGAGGUUAUCAUUUUUUGGUUAUGUUUAUUUCUAAGAUACGUAAAAGAUAGGCACUAUUCCAGGCCUUCAGUGGAAAGAAUGGAUGAAAAUUACAUCGACAAGUUGCGACAGACUAUUUUCAGGCACAGGGCAAGUUCAUGCACUGAAAAUAAAGGUGGUAACAAAUUGAGUUUAGAGUGUUACAAGUCAGAAAACGUCUUCGAUUUGUCUUCAAAACAGGAUUCAAUAAAGAAUAAAAGACAUACGCCACCUUCAAAAGCUAGAUCCGAGAAACGUAAGGUUGUUUCUGAGAGCAGUGACGAUUCAUUUGCUUUGGCUUCUAAAGGAAAAUCACAGUCAAAAAAGUUGAACUCCAAGAAGAAAACUAAGAGAAAGAGGUGCUUUCAGACCUUUAGUUCAGACACUGAUGAAGAGACAAUGUCACUUGUGCCUUCAAGAUCAGAGACAGAGACAUCAUAUGUAUCUGCAACCGAUAAAAUAAAAACAUCGUUUGAGGAAGAUUCUCAUGUUGUCAGCAGUGAUAGUGAUGCUGAAGGAGAAUCAUUGAAACCUAUCAAAGGUCAAAUAAAAACAGACAUCUAUGAAAUUAGCAGUGAUAGUGAUAGUGAAGACUUUAAUUUGGAUACAUUUUUCUGUACCAGAGAACAAAGCAUUACAGAACCACUAGAUUCACAUGCUGAAUUUGAUUUUAUUAGUGAUUAUAUAAGAGAUGUAAAAAUCAGCAACAAAAAGGUUUAUGAUUCAAAUGAACUCAAAAGGAAAAGUAGGAGAAACUCAUAUUCCUCAAAUAAAGAAAGGAGAGUUAAGAAGAGUAAGGAGGAGUUUGAAAUUGAAGUGCAGAAGAAUAUCAAGCCUGAUGUAUCAAGUUUGAGUCAAAAUAUGGCAGAUCACUUUAGAAGCAAGAAACUGAAAUAUAAGACAGAUGAGCUUGCUGGCAAGAUGAUUAGUCGCUCAGAGAAAGUCCAAAGCGAUGAGGAACCAGACUUGGUAGAAGAAGCAUCUUCAAGAUUCAUUGACUACAUUGAAAUUGAUGAUGAUGAUGAGUAUGUGGAACCUGCAGAGGAUUCCACUGUAGAUUCAGGAACACUACAUGAUGUACUAUCAGAAAACACAAUAGAUGUUGCUAAUUCAGUGCCGAAUUCAGGGUUCAACACUUUGAUGCUAGAAAACCAAAUAUAUUCUGAAGAAUCCUCGCACGAUGCUGAGGAUGCUGAAAAACAUUUUCAAUCAGUGUAUGAAGUACGAAAACCGAAAGCCGAUUAUUAUUCCAUGAAUGAUGAUAAGAUAAUCGUGUUAAGAAGAAACAGUACCUUACCAUUUUUUGGUCUGUUUAAACUGAAAGUAAUCUAUGGCAAAGUUGAUAUACUUGGUUAUACUUUAAAUGAGCAGUCCCAAGCUGUGAAUGUUUACUCUCCAAGAGGUUCAGCUUGGCUUUACAUAAAAAACGUAACGGAUGCCAGCAGUACCAACUUGAAUGAUUUUGUAUCAUUUUUGGAAAGCAACGAAUGCCUUAGGAAAGUUUCAGUAGAGGAAACCAGCGCUGUGAUACAGUGCUCAAGACUGAAUGAGAACAAGAUAUGUUUCAUAGAAAAAUAUAUUUCACAACAGAUAUUCCCAGAUGAUAUUUCAAAUAAGUUACCACAAGUAGCUUUUGAACCAAAGACUGGAAAUGUUAUUAAUACACAUCAGAAGUGGGAUGAAUUAAUAGACCAAAUCAACCCCAGCACAAAAUUUAUGGUAACUGGAGGUAAAGGUGUGGGUAAGAGUACGUUUGUGAGAUAUACAAUCAACAGGCUCCUGGGCAGAUUCAAAAAGGUUAGAAUGGUUGAUUUGGAUCCGGGCCAGUCAAUGUUUACAGCACCAGGAAUGGUAUCUGUACUGAAUGUUUCAGAGCCUGUCUUAGGGCCAAGCUUUACACAUUUGAGACAGACUGAAAGAUCAUAUAUGUCAAGCAUUGAUGUCACCAGAAAUCCUUUUAUCUAUGUAAAAGCGGCGAAAUCGUUGAUGGAUUAUGUUUCUAAGUUGGACAACGACGUGCCUACAGUUAUUAAUUACAUGGGCUUUGUUCAGAAUCUGGGUUUACAUAUAAUCUCCUCUAUAAUCACCUAUGUGAAACCCACCGAUGUUGUUCAGAUAAACAGUAAACAAAAGAAGAAAAACUUCAAGAGCAGGUUGAACAUAGAUUUAAUCAAAGAUAAUUACGACGUUUUUGGUCAUGAUCCGAUCGAUUUUGAGUUCAGAUUGCAUGAAUUGAACGCAUUGAGUGACAAUAGUACAGGUUGGACACUUGAACCAAGACAAUUGAGGGAAUUGUGUGUUUUGGCAUAUUUGGCAGAACUGCUACCGCCAAAUGUAUUUUCGCUUACUAGCUGUCAUUUGCCUAUGUAUAAAGUGCAACUAUCGACCUUGAAACUAAUGAAUUUGAAGUGUGAGCAAGUCAGUUGUGCUGAAGUCAAUGCAAACCUUGUAGCACUAUGUGAUAAGGAGGAACAGACGGAUCUGUUUAUCUGUUAUGGAUAUGGUGUGGUAAGAGGUGGAGAUACAUCUUCUCAUUAUGUCGUUCUGUUGACACCGGUAGAUCCAGAAUACCUAGAGAAAGUAGUGUACUUGGUCCAAGGCGAUGUAGCAUUACCUCCUUCAGUUUACAUGACCCCAGAUGAGGUCAUAGGAAAGGUACCUUACGUCAUGGAGGGAGAGCUCGUAUCAUUGGGUCAAAUCACCAGAAGGUCAUAUUUACCAGCUGGUAAGAGGUAACUAUAAUAUUCUGCAUCUGUUUUUGUUAAAAUAUACAAAUAUAUUUCAUUUUCAUAUGAA